AUGAUGCUGCACAAUUUGCCCAACGGGCUGGAAUCCACAUACGAGUCCCUUCUACAAGCAACGGUAUCACGUUAUCCCGACCGAGUAGAAGAGAUCAAGAAGCUGCUUUGGUGUCUUUGUGUCGCUGUAUGGCCAUUAAGUGCAUCGCAACUAUCAGAGAUCCUUGCGCUACAACCGGAAGAUACGUAUCUUGAUCCUGACGCCAUAACCACGGACCCCUACGAUGCAUUGGAGACGAUUGCACCCCUUGUCAUGAUCGAUAGGGAAGUUUGGAAGUAUGAGACCGUAAAGCUAUGUCACUACUCCUUGAGGGAAUACCUUUGCUCGAGCCCACUACGCAAUGCAGACCACCAGUUCCAUGUCGACCAACGAGAGGCUCAUUCGUGGCUCUCACUGCUAUGCCUGCAGUAUCUGACUGUGUCUCUGCAGUUUGACUUGAGCAACAUGGAACGCAAACUAGAUCCAGCCACCACCGACAUAAAUCAUUUCCUGUCUUACGCAGCGCUCUGUUGGUAUUACCAUAUGGACGACGCAAGUGGCCAUCCCGGCUACUUCGCUCGCAUCAAACCCUACCUCGAUAAUGCCGUCGAUAACGCCCCCGACACGUCCUCCUGGUUCACCAGAGCCCAGGACAUCUUCCGAGACCACAAUCCGCACCACGACGCCCCUCUCCACUCACUCGUCUGCUUCGCUAUCUUCGCCGACCUGGAAGAGGUCACAUCCUACCUCCUCUCCAAAAUGACGGACUUAGAUCACCAUUUCCCAGACGGCUACACAGUCCUCACCGCCGCCGCGCGCUGGGACCGGCCCCGCAUUGUGCGCAAACUCCUACGAAUGGGCGCAUCCAUCGACGUCCCAACUCUCGAGAAGGAACUCACACCACUACACCUAGCAGCCGAGCAUGCCUCCAAAGGCGCCUUCGACAUCUUGCUAGACGCAGGUGCGGAUCCACACGCGCGCUCGAAGUCGCUCACUACGCCAUUAUAUCGCGCAGCUAGAUCUGGAAACGUGUAUAUUUUGACGAGGCUGAAAGAAGCAGGCUGUGAUGUGAAUGUCCGGACUUACGAUAAUUGGACUCCGCUUCACGAAGCGGUUGGACUGGGAAAUAGGGAAGCUGUUGAUUUGUUGGUACAAUGGGGGGCUGAUAUUAGGGCGACGACGGACGAUGGUUAUGUCGCUACUCCUGAUGAGUACUUAUAG